AUUACUAACUUUGUUUAUCAUAAAGUAGGAAAUCAUAAAACCUGUGUAGAUGGUUUUGGUGAGAAGUGUAAAAAUAUUUGGGUGCAUCAUGAAUCAUUUGAACUUACAUAUACUAAUAUGAAUGAAACCAGGCACCUCAAAUGAAUACAUGUUAUCUCCCGAGACAGGCACAUUGAUAAAGUUUCAUCUUUGAUUAUCAUGCGAGUGCGGGUUCUUCUGGCUCCAUCACGGACAGUGACAAGUUUGCCUGCAGAUGCUUCGAGGAAAGAUCAUUUGCUACCGCCUUACAAGUCGUUGACCGAUAUUGCAGGUGUCUGAUAAUUCUUCAAGAUGGAGCUGGAGCAGAAUACCACUCUAAGGAUGGAGCUGGAAACCUCUGUGUUUGAGAACGUUACUGUCAUUGAGGUGGCACAAUGGCGUGUGGUUCUGGACAUGGUUAGCACCAUCAUCAUGACCUUCAACACCAUCACCCUUAUGCUGGGGAUGGGCGCCGCUAUAUCCAUUACGGAGCUGUGGAUGCACACCAAGCGACCAAUCGGGGCGCUGAUCGGCAUGUUGGGCCAGUUCGCAGUACUACCAGCCAUCGGUUUCUGCCUCUGUGUGUUAUUCAAGUUACAGCCGUAUGAGGCACUAGGAGUCCUUAUCAUUUCCUGCAGCCCCGGCGGAUCCUUCUCUAAUUUCUUUACCUUUUGGGUUGACGGCGAUUUGGCACUCAGCAUUAUGAUGACGGUGUGCUCGUCUCUGCUCGCCUUCGGAGGGAUGCCCUUGAACCUUUGGCUGUACGGCAAUUAUUGGCAGCAAGACAACUCGUUCGUCAUUCCCUUCAAAAAUAUCCUCAUAUCUCUCGUCUUCAUUACUGUACCAGUCAUCGUGGGCAUGACAGUGAGGUACUUCCACAAGCGGGCAGCGGAAAUUACCACUCGGGUGACGAGUUUGAUUGGGUGGCUGGGUGUGAUCUCUAGCAUCGUCAUCUGGAUAAUAUUAUACUGGCGAGUGUUUGUGAUAGCCACCCCACUGCUCUAUUUAGCCGCCAUACUUCUUCCGCCCAUUGGCUUCAUAUUCGCUUUCCUCUUGGCCAAGUUAACCUGUCGGGACAACAAGACUGCACGCACCAUCGGCAUAGAGACCAGCUCCCAAAAUAUGCCUUUUGCAAUGAGCAUCAUCCUUCUCUCUUUUACAGGGAUUGAGCUGAAGGGUCAGCUUCUGCUAUUCCCCACACUGUACGGCGUCUUCUUGACCUCUGAAGCCAUGCUGGGCAUCACUGUCUACCAGAUGUAUAAGAAAUUCUGCAAGAAGUCCGAAGACUACCCGACAAUGCAUACAGCCCGCUUGGAGUCUGCCACAUCCACCGAAAAAGAAACCUUUAAAGUGUGAUGCGGAUAGCGGACAAAUGAUAGCAGCGACUCUUUACCAGCUGAAUUGUGUUCAUCAUAGGAUUUGUAAAUUGAGAGAAAAUCUUUUUUACUGUAAACUGAUAUAACGGCUAACCGUUAUAUCAAUGCCACGAAAUAUCCAGGUUUAAAAAGGAAAGAAAACAAAGAAAGAAAGAAAGAGAAAAGGCUAUCUAGAGACAUAUGUAUUUCUGGAAACAAAUAUUUUCUAUGCAUCACUUGUACUACUUCCGUAUACGUACAAUGGAACCUCGGUUCACGAAAUGAAUUCGUUCCUGAUCCCAAAUGCUCGUAAAUCGAAAUUACUUUCCCCACAGAAAUCAAUGUAAAAUAUAUUAAUCCGUUCAUGGACCGCAGAUGACUGCUUAUUUAAACUUGUGUUUUGUCCACAAGUUCAUGCACGAGAUCAUUGAAAAUAAUAACAAUAAAAAAAAAAAUAUAUAUAUAAACACAAUAAUAAACAUUUAAAUAAUAGACAAAAAUUUACCUUAUUCAGUCUUAUCGUUUGUUCGUAAGGGUGUCGCCGAAACAAGGGAAACCCCGCACGGCAAAGCACAACAACCUCUUCAGACUACAGCAUGCAACAGAUGUACUUUCAAUUCCUCUCACUAGAAAUAGAACAGAAACGAGUUUUAUCAUCUCAGAGUUGGGUUGCAGUUACUAGAAGAAAAGUAUUCAAGAGGUAUUACGGAUGACAUCUACUAUACAGGGAUGUUAAGGGAAAUGCAGAAGUCAGACCAUCACGGUGCAGUUCUUCCACAAGAAGCAGAAGCCACCACAAACAAAGUGGAAAAAAAAAAAAAGGAAGUGGAGAGAUUGUCAGAAGUGCAUGACCCUGAGCAACUGGAGACAUCAUCACCAGAGAAAGAGUGACUGUGCAGUAGCGUGAAGUGUGGCUGGGGAAUACAAGGAGCUAUACAUUCGUAAAUAUUAUGUGAUAAAAAAAAAAAAAAAUCUGCAUCGCCAUUAUAUUUAAAGGUAGAAUUAAUACACAAGGAUGAACGGUUGGAAUUAAUAUUAUUCACUUACCAUAUACGUUUAAAUAUAUUUAAAGACAAAA